UUUCAUCAACCUCAUCACAUUUAUUUUUUUCCCAUCCUGUUGCGUUAAAGCAAUAAUACUCCCUCACUUCUUCUCUGACUAAACGGUUGAACAGACCACUUAUACGCUGCGCUCGAGUAGUUCUGGUUUCAUAUCAAACAAUAACUCUUCAUUCUACGAUUACGAUUAAGACAAACGACUUAAAUGAUCUUGUCAAUCUUUGAAUGAAAUUUUAUUCUCAAGCAGACGAGAUGCGAGACUAUUGUAGUUUUUAUUUCAUUAUCUUUUUAAUCGUUUGGGCAUUUAGUGAAACAGAUGCUAUUCGAAGAAGAAAUGAAAAGAACCAACAGACUUUCGUAGUGAGAUACAAGAAUGGGGAUCAAACUAUUCCAGUAACAGUUGUCUUAGACGAUAAAAAACAGACAGAAUAUGUGAUCAAUAUGAGUCCAAGAACACCUGAGAAAUCCGUUACACUUUAUGAUUUUAAACAGCGUACAAUUGCUUAUAAAGAUUUGACUAACCGGGAAUGUUUUUUAGGAAGACUAACGGAUGAAACUUUGAAUCAUGAAAUUAACGCUCUCAGCGAAGUUCAGAGCCCUAUUGAAAGCCAUCCGAAAGUUCUUUCUUUAGUUCCUCACAAGUCGGCUUUAACACCCACAGAAAUACGAAACAUAGCCGGUCAGCAAACAGCUGUUUUUUGCCGAAAAAUGAACACCUGGCUCAUUAUGCCACAAGGAAAUCACCGUAUUUUAAAGAGAGAAGUCGACGAGGUUGAAGAGAGAUCGUACAGCCGUCAUGGUUUCCAUACAGUUAAAUAUUCACACCAUGGACAUGAAACUAGACGUCGAUACCGCAAACCAAGUGCUACUUCAUCACAGUCUACUCUCGAAGAACAGAGUAUUCCAGAACCACAGAGCAGAAAAAAUGGUUUGCAGAGUUGGAAUUCAACGUCUGAGAAUGUAUCCAAAGAUGAUUUGCCUCUUGAAAAUCAAUUCGAAAGGCAUGGGGGAGAUAACCAUUACAGUUCUUUAUUUGUACCGGAAAGAAAUUUUAAGCACGGAGACCACCCAAAGAUUAAGAAUGAAAAUUUCAGUUCAGAUUAUUUGGACAAAAAUAAGCGACCACUGGAGACCGAUUUGAAUAGUUCAACCCACCAAAGUCCUGGGAGUUUAACAAAAUAUGAAGAUUAUUUAAAUCGUGAUUUGGUUGUUGAUAGUAACAAUAAAAAAUAUAUUCAGUCAUCUGAAUGGGAUCCUCUUCUAUAUCCAUCUACUUUACAAAAUCGAAAUGGUGAGAUGAAUAACAGGAAUACAAAUGACGGGACUUUAAAUGCUCAUUAUCGAAAAAGUAAUAUCGAAACUGAGGGAGAUUUCUCAAAUGAGACAUUAGAUAUUCCCGAAGGGAAAAUUUUAUUGACUAGCGAUAUUCCAGAAGAGCAUAAUGAGAAUCCAGAUGUCUCGAUAAAUGUAUUAGAAAUUCCCAAAAUCUCUAAAAAGUUUGAAACUGUUGGCCAUGUCCCGGGCAUACAUGAAACUUUUGUUCAACCUGAUGAAGAUGUUCACUCAAUAUUUGAAGGAUUUCAUAACUUAAAUGGAAAUCUAGCAGCUUCGAGAUCACACGAUUCCUAUAGUCCUGUUUCUCUUAACACAAUUCGUAAUCGUCAAAGAACGAAGACUGUUUCAGACGAUAGCUUAAAAGCAAUCGAUAGUGAAACAUCACCAACUCAAGAUCGGGUUCCAUUCAAUAAUUUUUAUGUUGAGCAUAUCUCUCAGACAACGACUUCUACUCCAGCUUCAAAGCAAAAACAUUUUCUUGCUACGAAUUCUCUAAAUACAAAUACUCUUAAUUUAGAUAAGAUUGAUUAUAGUGAUUCUCUACCUAAAAACAUAAAUCAUCAUCACAAAAGUGAAGUUUUGUUCGAAAAUAAUUUUCUCUCGGGCAAGCUUAAUCCUGCGUUCGAUCACUCUCAAAUAAGUGUUGAAAACAAAAAUAAUAUCAAUUCCAUCCCACAUUUGCGUUUCAACAACCACAAUGUGCCCACUAAUUUUAAUAUUCGAAAUAGCGAUGAUAAGCAGCAAAAUUCAGAUAAGUUUGUCAAAAAUCAACCUGUAUUUCCUCCAAAUCAAGUGCAUUUACACGACAUUCUCCGAAAUUUUAAACCAGAUGAAAUUGUUAUUGAUAUUGAAAAAAUACCGACAGAAAAACCCCCAGACAGUACUUCUAGUUUUCGAGGAAGAGAUACUUCUUUUACUCGAAAUCAUGAUCACCUACCUUCUUCAAACAAGACUUAUAGUUUCCAUUCACUUGGGCGUAAUAGAAAUAUUGAAAACGUAACUAAUUCUAGUAGAACGAUAAAUCAUUCACAAAAUCUACCGUCACAACGUUCUCAUUUGUCUAGGACAAGAAACUUUCAAUUUCAUAGCUCAAAUCAAUAUCCUGCAUCACUUCCAUCGCACAACUUUCUUCGAACGGAUGCAAAAGAAGAUCCAUUUUUAGGUCAACUUCCAAGAUUAGGGGCUUUACCACCAGGUGUAUCUCUUCACCCACGUCAUCCGCAAGCUCCAUAUGCAGAUAUGGUUCGCACAAAUAUGCUCCAUACAUUACCCCAAAGAAAUAUCAAUAGAGCAAUUAAGCCUCAUAGACAAAGACACCACCGAAGAAAAGACCAUCAUGAUUCUGGUUCAUGUUGCAAGUCAAACUCGAAACUUUCGACCUGCUGUUCCUGGCAUUUGAGAAGAGGAAUGCAUAUUAACUCUUCUUGUUGUGCUUCUCUUAAACAUCGGGAUAGUUUAAACCAACGGAAUUUAAUUCCCUCUGUCCAUUCUAGAAGGGUUAAAUACCGAAAUGCAGCUUUGCCCAUAAAAGAUACUUUACCCGUGCAAGUGCUACAAAACAGAGAUAAUCUUCCACCCAUGCAGCGUAAAAUUCAUGAUGAUAAAAAGGACAGAUGUCAAAAAGCAAAGAUGUGCAGAACUUUGUAUGAAAGCACACGGCAAGUUAUGGUGUGCAGAAAUAUUAACGUUGAUGGUUGCUGAUAAUGAAUGUGCUUAUUUAUUUUUUAAUGGUUGGAUUUUGUUUUGUGUUUGAUUUCAGUGAUUGUGUGUCAAUUAUGAGAAUAAAAUGACUUUUUUUAUUUUGUGA